AUGUCACAAUGCGAAGUUGAAAGAGAUGAACAAAAGGCUUUCGAAUAUGAAACAAAUACUUAUCCUCAAAAUCCAGUUAUACGCUAUAAAACUUCACAUAGAAGUUUAGUUUACACUAUAGUAUCUGAAGGCAUAUAUCCAGUUACUAAUAUAUUGGCAUGGACUAAAAAGCCCAACUCAUACAAAGUUCCAGAUCAAUAUAUAGUAGAAACAAAUUAUGGAAAAAAAAAUAAACAUACAACUAUAACUUGUUCAAUAGAUUAUAUUGAAAACAAACCACAUUACUUUAUUAGAUUUGGAGAUGGUCUAAAUGAUUUUGUAAUGUCUGAUAAGAGUCCAUCAAGUGCUGCUAAUGCAUAUCAAAAGGAAAUAAAUAAAUGCAAAAUAUCUCAAAUUGAAGAACAUCCGAAAAAAAAAACCAAAAAGAAUACUACUAAAUGGUCUGGAGUUUUAUUAUUUGGUUUACAUCUACAACAAAUUAAAGAAGUACGUGAAAAAAAACAUAUACAUACAUUAAAACUUUUUGACAAAUUAAGUGAAUCAGGACAACGUGCACGUAACAAAAGACUUGGAUUGGCACUUUACAACCAAUUUCAAAAUAAUACUGAAACUCUAUUUUGUGACAGUGAUAAAAUAACAUUAAAUGAAUUAAUAUUCUCUAUUAAUGAUAAUCAGUUUAAAAUAAUUUACAACCAACUAGAGAAUGAUUCAGAAAAAUUACAAAUCAAAGCUAUUGUUAAGGCGAUAGAUGUUGAAAAAAUUUCACGUUCAGCAUAUAGAACUCUGGUGGCUAUUAGUCAUAAUCUUCCACGCGAAUGGGCA